AUGAACGCAUUUGUAAAGAAACUGCCAUCAGGAGCUGGCUCUGAUGUGUCGUUGUAUACACCCUUGAAUGCCGAAAAAGAUGGCCCCCCACUGAAGCGAGUGAAGCGGGAUGAGAGCACUACAGUGGAGUCUGAGGAAUCCGAACAAUCUAUCUUCGAUGACGAUGAAGAGCAAUGCGAUACCGAAAAGGUUUGGAAACGUUCUGAUGGCCGAGAUAAAACACCAAAAUCUACAGACGUCGAAAAUGCUUUACCGGCGAUGCAGCCAGACGAGGCUGCCUUAGAAGCAUACGAAGAAUACAAAUCCUCUCAAUCUAGCGUACAGGAAAAAAUUACGGCGAAGGCGAAACCACUGUGGGUAAAGGGGAGGAGCUCUAUAUACGUGGACGCGUUCAACUUGGCCCUGGACACUGUGCUCGAGGAAGAAGCAAAGCUCUUUGACGAACGGGAACUUGGUGUAUUCGACCAAUGGAAGUCGUUAGAUUAUGAGGCGCAGUAUUUGUAUGUGCGUCUCUUUCUAAGAAAGACGGCCGCUUGGCACCGAUCCUCCCGUCUUGGCUAUUACAAUGAUAUUGCGAACCUUGACGUGCCAAUCACUACACUGCAACAGAAUAGAUGCCUUGCAGGCAGCCCCUCUCCGGAUGGACUCACAACUGCGGUGGAUGGAAUCGGCGUCGAAGAUGAGAGGCUGGGCCCCGCGUUUACCUUUGCCGACUCCUCCGAAGUGCUGCUCACGGACAUGGAGGAAGCAGCAUCUCUGCUUUACUUGGACGAGCUGAAGGCUCUCGCAAAGGAAACCAAAAUACAAGGACGGACGAAGCCCGAGUUGAUACGAAGUCUAUCUCAAAUGAGUCGCAAGCAGACGGGUCUCAUGGAGAUGGGUCUCAGCAGACAAAACAGCCGUGAAUCGACAGGCUCUGGUGAUUCUGGCAGCCCGAUUGCUAAGCUCGAGAGGGAAGAUUCCAAACAGAAAACAGUGUUCCUUUCCAAAGUGACAGGCAUACUUGGGCCGUGUAUCCGACUGUCCUCGGCUGUGUUUAAGCUGUUUCAGCGGGUACAUCUUGUGUUUUACCGAUCGACAGAAUGGACUGAAAAGUCUCUGACGACCAUCAUUCUCGCAAAGAUUGCUCGCAGAAACUUUCCCGAGUACAUUGUUUGCCGCACCAGUACUAUAUUCGCAUCACGAGAGCACGUUUUGGAGUUUGAAGCCGCGAUUCGGCUAGAAGCGGAGAUUGACAUGUGCCUAGAAGGCAGUGGAGCGGUGCUGGACAAGGGAUGCCAGCGAAUUCUUGAAAUUUUCGACGUUGUAUACCCUCGCUGGAAGAAGUUGCUGGAGGAGGAAAGACACAAGGAGCAAACCAUGUAUGAGUUUGGAGAGGGAGCGUACUUGCGACGUUUCAAUCCUGGCCACUCUUAUACACGGGUUCUUGCGAAAGCAGGCUAUGCGAUGGGAAAAUUUAAAGAAUACGCGCGCGAGCACGAGUUACUGAAAGAGUUGCUGGGACAAAAGAUGUUUCAUCUUGCCCGUCGAGGCGACUGGUAUCAGCGCAAAGCCCUGCUAGAAGAGAAUUACAUGGCCAAACUCGGUGAGCCAUGCGCUGCUGCAGAGUUGGAGCGUCGGAAGAAAGAAUGGAAUAAAACGGCAGCUACCACUUGCGAAAUGGCGCUUCAAGACCCAGACUGUCAUUUGACGUUUCACUUUGGCUUACAGAGGCGACUGCUGAAGCUGGAGAAGAAGCUGCGUAUUCCGAAGCGACUUCAGCAUGACUUUGGCCACGUUAGGCUAGCCAAACCUCUGGAACUCACAGUACAAGGAAUUCAGCUCAAGCAAGAGGCGACACCCAGACCGGGCAGCAUCGGCGUUCCUACCAAGACCAUUUGGCUUGACGAACUAGACUCAGAGGGCGAGUGCAGUGUCGAGGAUAUGUGUUUGAGCCACUUUCGUGCAGAGGGAUGGAAGGGCUAUCACUCCGAGGGCCGUAUCGUCAGAACGCUCUUUGCGUAUCUCUUCUACGACAUACUAUUCCUCUACAUUCCCAACGUCUUCCAGACCGCUUUUCAGACAUGCCCUCUCGACUUACACACGGAUGUGUUCUUUCCCACAAGAGUGUCCGAGAUCAAUCACAGGCUUGUGGAGAUUGAAAACGGCGGCGCCGAGGACCUUGUGCGAUCCGUGUGGGAACGAGAACACGAGCGACGUACAGCAGUCGUGGGACUCAACUGGGACUAUGAAAUCGACGACUUGCUGGAGCUUGUGCGAUGCUUUGACGGAGACGCUCUGGCGGCGGUUUGCAAAGUCAUGGCCCAGGAGUACAAGCAGAGGGGGGGCGGCAUCCCAGACUUGAUUCUAUGGCGUACUGAUGAGUCGCGUGAUGGCACCGUGGGGGAGUGCAGGGGAGAAGUGAUGUUUGCAGAGGUCAAGAGCGAAAAUGACCGCUUGAGUGAAACGCAGCGAGUAUGGAUCCAUGUGCUGACCGCAGCUGGAGUCAAGGUGGCUCUCUGCAAUGCCGUCGCCAGAGAAGUCCGCGAAGUGGGCUGA